UAUGCAUGUUACUGUCAUGGCGGGAUACAUGAAAUUGAAAGUAGGAUUUAACUCUAACAGUGCGACGAUUCUUACUGUUUUGGUAUGCAUUGCAUUCUGUUUUUUUGUCGCCGCAGAGGGGAUGUCAGGUAACAAACUGUCUAUAAUAAAUCUUAAGGAUGGACAGGAAUUGAAAGCUCUGAAGAAACAGCAGUACUUUUGUUACCAGAACUCUAAGGUGCCUGGCUGGAGGGAAACGUGGAUUCGAAUUCAGAUCCAGGUGUGCAGCUCAAAGGAGUUCAAGGUGCAGGUGGUUCAGGAUGAGGAGGAACUGCAGGAGCUGGAGUACCUCAGUUUCUGGGGUGUGGUGCAGUUCUUCUUGCAUGAGCAUUCCAAUGAAACCACAAUUGAUGUCAAUCUCUUCAGCACCAAAACCUGUUUCCGGGUGAACCCAUCUGACCCCGAAACCCUGUACGCUGUGAAGGUCAUGCGUAGGAUUGACAUCUACCUCUUCCUGGUAUUUCUAGCUGGGUUGCUUUUGUUCUUCUUUGCAGACACUCUAAGCAGGAGUCAGGUGUUCUACUAUUCAGCAGGAAUGAGCACAGGGAUGAUCGCUUCCCUCAUCAUCCUUAUUUUCAUCAUAGCCCGUCUACUGCCGAAGAGAGGCCCAUUCUAUGUACUGAUAGUAGGAGGCUGGUCCUUUUCAUUCUACCUAAUCCAGCUAGUGUUCAGGAACCUCCAACUGAUCCUGAAAGAUCACUGGCACUAUGUCUUAGGUUACACAGCAGUGGUGGGGUUUGUUAGCUUUGCUGUGUGCUACCGCUAUGGCCCAUUGGUGGAGGAGCGCAGUAUUAAUAUCCUGUCCUGGGUGCUGCAGCUGUUUGGGCUUUUGCUGGUGUACUCUGGGAUCCAGGUUCAACAGGUGGCGUUUGCAAUCAUUGUUGCUUCAUUCUGUUCAAAAAACCUGGAGUACCCUGUUCGGCUGGCAUUUUCUGCAUACAACAAGCUGAGACCCAGCUGGUGUCGGAAGGUGGAACCCCGUCGCUUGCUCACUGAGGAAGAGUACCAGAAACAAGGUGAGGUGGAGACACAGCGUGCCCUUGAGGAGCUUCGGGAGUACUGCGGCAGUCCUGAGUUCAAUGCUUGGAAGAUUGUCUCUAGAAUCCAGUCUCCCAAAAGGUUUGCAGAUUUUAUUGAAGGCUCACCCCACCUGAUGCCCAAUGAGGUAUCCAGUCACGCACAAGAGUAUGGCCUGGGUGGGUCUUUCUUUGAAGAGGAACUUUUUGCUACCGAUGAAGAGGAGGAGGAGGAGGAAGAACAGGAAAGGCAGAGGAUGAUAAAGCAUGAGGAAGUGGUGAAUCAUCUCCUUUGGAACCACCGGAGCAUGUAAGAAAGAAGAGAGGUAGAGGGACCAGGGAAGAGUUCUUUGAGGCUGACUGCCCCUUGAGUCAGAGCAGGGUUUAAAAUACUGUUACUUUGCACACAUCUGGUGACAGUGACGAUGGCCAUGUUUCUUUUUUUGAUGGAGAAAUUUUAGAGAAUGGUGACCAGCUCAGGAUGUGGGAGAAAUUACAAUGUUUUUGGGGACAUAGAGAAAUAUUAAAGUGGUGCUUAAACUGUGCUGUUAUAAGACUGUUUAAUAAUCAGACAGGUGUUUCAUUACACAGAUCAAUCAUUUCUCUUAACAGCAGAGAACCCCAAGGUAGCUGAUAAUAAUUUUACUUUCAGGCCUAUAACCUUGCACACAACUUGUUUUUGUUUAAAAAUAGAACAGCAGCCACAUCUUUCUGUCUUGGAAAAGUGAUAUCUGAUACCGUCCAGAGCCAAUCUUAAUUGUAUACAUGAUCAGCUAUGUGUGAUGCUUAUCACUGUAGAGAAGUUAUGCAUAUUAACAUGUACAGAAUUACAGUGAAAAUUGCUUUCUAAACGUUUACAGCUAAUAUGUUUGUGUUUAAAUAGGAUUCAGAACUACACAAUUCGGUCAAGUUAAUCUGCAGUUUUCAUUUUCCAAACA